AUGUCUCUACGCAAAGCAAACGGUCUGCUGCUGAUGCUUCAGCUCGCAUUGGUGGCAUUUGUCGGUGCUCGUAUGGUAACCAAGGACGAAGAUCAAAUUCUCUAUCCACCGCAAUCCCAUCCACGAAUAGUUGGCGGUGAAGCAGCACCUAAGGGACUGGCGCCCUACCAAAUAUCCAUGCAGAAUCUAAAAGGUCGUCACUUCUGCGGCGGCGCAAUUAUCGAUCAACGUUGGAUUAUCACAGCCUCUCAUUGUGUGUCGGGUGCUACAGCCAAGAAGAUACAGAUCCUUACGGGCGCCCAAAACUUGAAGAACAACACGGGCAAGGUGUACUAUCCGGAUCGCAUUGUUAUGCAUACGAACUACAAUCAUCCACCAUACGCCAACGAUAUUGCACUGCUGCAUUUGAAUGAUUCGAUUGUUUAUGACGAACACACGCAGGCUGUGAAGUAUGCCUACGAGCCAAUGAAGAAGGAUGACGAACUUGUGCUAACUGGCUGGGGUUCGAUGGCGUUGGGAGGCUCCACACCCGAUGUCUUGCAAACGUUGACUGUACGCGUGGUGCCGUACGAGGAGUGCCGUGAAGCACACAAUGACAAUCUCUCUUCCUACGUCGAUGUGGGUCACUUGUGCACUUUUAAUGAUAACGGUAAAGGCGCUUGUCAUGGCGAUUCCGGUGGUCCCUUGGUACAUAAUGGCACGUUGGUGGCAUUGGUGAAUUGGGGUUUGCCCUGCGCUAAGGGUUAUCCAGAUGUGCAUGCCAGUGUUGCUUACUACCACGAUUUUAUACGCACCCAAUUGAGUGCGCCCAUGGAGAGUGAGGCCGAGGCUGAGGAAGCUAAGGAAUUGUAGAAGACUAUGUACGCAUCUACUAACAAAUGUAAAGAAAAAUGGAGCUCGUACUACAAUUAUCUGGUUAUAUAAACAAACUAAAAUUAUUCCUAAUGGAUAUGAGCUCGUUUCUAUUGCAAUAUUGAGUGAUACAGGUUCCUCUACCAAUAUGCAGUUAUUUUCGAAAGCAAAAAUGGUUUAUUCAGCAAUUAAAACGUUUUCAGCGCCAAAAAGUAUGCAAUAAUUAAAGAGCUCUCUAAAGUGUAUCUUAAUGACAAAGUACCC